GCUUAGACUAGAUAAAUGCAAUUGGAAGGUGAUUGUUCUGCCGAUUCAAUGGACAAGAACUCCCACAAAGACUGCAGCCGAAGACGUUCAAGUAUUGGGACAGCUGUUUCAUCUACAAGUGAUUGUGGUGUUGUUGUGACUGGAUCUGAGAAUAUCAUGGGAGCAAAUAACAUGGGUACCCGGAAAGAGAAUAUCAGCACUAAAAAGAAGAAAAGAGUUUCACGGAUUAUAGAUGGGGGACUUCGUGAAUUAAGCAUCAUAGUUUGUAAGAAGGUUGAGUGCAAGGGAAGAACCACAUACAGUGAGGUUGCGGAUGAAAUUAUAGUUGAAUCUGCUGCAAAACGCAAUAAUUCCAUGUCUUUGGAUGAGCAGUUUGAUGAGAAGAACAUACGAAGACGGGUUUACGAUGCAAUAAAUGUCCUCAUGGCACUGAAUAUUGUAACUAAAGACAAGAAGGAAAUCCAGUGGAAGGGACUCCCCUGUACGGACACAAAGGAUCUGGAAGAUCUAGAGGGAGUGCGGAUCAAGCUUAUAAAUUCGAUCCAAAAGAAAGCAGCCUACUUGCAAGAUUUGGAAGAGCAAAUUGUAGGUAUCCAGAACCUGAUUCGGCGCAAUCAACAAAUGGACAUGUCUGGAAUUUCUUCGGAAGGGUUUUCUUUGCCUUUUAUAUUGGUUCAAACCCGUCCGCAUGCUACAGUUGAAAUUGAGAUCUCUGAAGACAUGCAGCUGGUGCACUUUGACUUUAACUGCACACCUUUCUCCUUGCAUGACGAUGCAUACAUUCUCAAGUUAAUGCAGUAUUACCACUUGCCGAGGAGUCGAUGUGUUACCCAGAGAAGAGUGGCUCACUCAUCUUCAAGCUUUGAUCCUUGACAGUUUAGAGAAGUACCCUGGGCUCCAUGACAUUCUGGAAUUCUAAAAUUGAUGACAUGGUAGUUU